AUGCAGGAGAUCGCUUCCGCUCUGCGCACCCGAGACGAUGGCCAUAUUCACGGCCUAUUCGCCACGGAGCUGGCGCGCAUCACGACACCGGCGGCGGGGAUCACCUUCAAGACGACGUGCCGCCUGUACAAGGACCGGCGCUGCCCGAUCCACGAGAGUUACGCGACAUUCCUGCGUGACAAGUACGGCAAGGGCAUCGUGCACGAAGUCAACUUUUCCGGCGGUUACUUCGAGCUGCUCGACGAGAUCAACGAGCGGGUCGUCAGAGAGACCGGGGGCAAGAUACGCGGUCUGCUCACGUCGGACUGCUUCGGCCCAAAGACGCAGCUGGAAAUGGUAACCGUGGCCUUCUUCGACGGUGCCUGGGAGGCGCCCUUUCAGCCAACAUUUACGGGACCCGACGACUUUCACGUGGAUGGUCACACGGUCACUCGCGUGGACAUGAUGAACCAGAUGCACUCGUUCGGCAUAUCCCACUGCGACCAGCUCCAAGCUACGGCGCUCGAGAUGUCCCACAUGGGCGGCAAGACGAGCAUGGUCCUCAUCCUGCCCGACCAGAUGGACGGCCUGUCGCGUCUUGAGGAGAACCUGACCGCGCAGCGGCUGUCGGACCUCUUGCACGGCCUGCGCGAGAGGCCCAACGUGAUGGUCAAGAUGCCCAAGUUCUCGGUCGUGACCUGUCGAGGACUGCGGCUCGCCCUCCAGGAUGUGGGAGUGCGCGAGCUGUUCACACCGAAGGCCGACCUGUCUGGUAUAUUCAAGGCCGCAAGUCCAGGCCUGGCCGACAUCAUCCACGGGGCCUUCCUAGAGGUGAACGAGGAAGGUGCCGAGAUUCCCCCGCCUUCCACGGACGAGGCCGUGCUCGGAUGUGGCCCUGGAGUCGGGGACAUCACGCACUUCGUCGUGAACCACCCGUUCAUGUUUGUCGUCAGGCCCCGGCAGUCGAACGUUUUUUAUCUGAUGGGAUCAGUGAGAAGGCCAUGAGCAACCUUGCUGUGACCC